GAGGUCGGGGUCCGUGUCCUUUGUUUGGGCCCAGAGGUGACCGGCUCGAGGGCGAAGGCUCUGCAUCCAUGACGUUGUCCAUGCCGACAGCCGCCCCAUCCGGGCACUCAAGAUGACAGGAUCUCUUCCGGGAUAGGCGGCCGCUCUCGGGCGUGCUUCUGGAGCUCUUCGGGGUUUUGUGGCUCGAUCUCCACCCUCUAGGAACCUCUAGGCCGGGGGAACGGGAGGGAGAAAGGUGCUAGUCAUUCACCAUGCACCGGAAGAAAGUGGAUAACCGCAUCCGGAUUCUCAUUGAGAAUGGGGUAACUGAACGGCAAAGGUCUUUGUUUGUUGUAGUUGGAGAUCGAGGAAAGGAUCAGGUGGUCAUACUCCAUCACAUGCUGUCCAAAGCAACCGUGAGGGCUCGGCCUUCAGUGCUGUGGUGUUAUAAGAAAGAGCUUGGGUUUAGCAGUCACCGGAAGAAAAGAAUGCGACAACUGCAGAAAAAAAUAAAGAAUGGGACGUUGAACAUAAAGCAAGAUGAUCCCUUUGAGCUCUUUGUAGCUGCCACAAACAUUCGCUACUGCUACUACAAUGAGACCCACAAGAUCCUGGGCAAUACCUUUGGCAUGUGUGUUCUCCAGGACUUUGAAGCUUUAACUCCAAACCUGCUGGCCAGAACUGUAGAAACAGUGGAAGGUGGUGGACUGGUGGUUAUCCUCCUACGGACCAUGAAUUCACUCAAGCAGUUAUACACGAUGACCAUGGAUGUGCAUUCAAGAUACAGGACUGAGGCUCAUCAGGAUGUGGUAGGAAGAUUUAAUGAGAGAUUUAUUCUCUCCCUGGCCUCCUGUAAGAAGUGUCUCAUCAUUGAUGACCAGCUUAGCAUCCUGCCCAUCUCCUCCCAUGCUGCCAGCAUUGAGGCCCUACCUCCUCAGGCCCCAGAUGAGAGUCUUGGUCCUUCUGACCUGGAGCUGAAGGAGUUGAAGGAGAGCUUGCAGGAUACCCAGCCUGUGGGCGUGCUGGUGGACUGCUGCAAGACCCUAGACCAGGCCAAAGCUGUCUUGAAAUUCAUUGAGGGAAUCUCAGAAAAGACCCUGAGAAGUACUGUUGCGCUCACGGCUGCCCGAGGAAGGGGGAAGUCUGCAGCCCUGGGAUUGGCGAUUGCUGGGGCAGUGGCUUUUGGGUACUCCAAUAUCUUUGUUACCUCCCCAAGCCCUGAUAACCUCCACACUCUGUUUGAAUUUGUAUUUAAAGGAUUUGAUGCUCUGCAGUAUCAGGAGCAUCUGGAUUAUGAGAUUAUUCAGUCUCUAAAUCCUGAAUUUAACAAAGCGGUGAUCAGAGUGAACAUAUUCCGUGAACACAGGCAGACCAUUCAGUAUAUACAUCCUGCAGAUGCUAUGAAACUGGGCCAGGCAGAGCUUGUGGUGAUUGAUGAAGCUGCAGCCAUUCCCCUCCCGCUGGUGAAAAGCCUGCUGGGUCCCUACCUUGUUUUCAUGGCUUCCACCAUCAAUGGAUAUGAGGGCACUGGCAGGUCCCUGUCUCUCAAGCUAAUUCAGCAGCUCCGUCAACAGAGUGCCCAGAGCCAGAUCAGCACCACUGCUGAGAACAAGACCACGAUGACAGCCAGACUGGCAUCAGCACGGACGCUGCAUGAGGUUUCCCUGCAGGAGUCCAUCCGAUACGCCCCCGGGGAUGCUGUGGAGAAGUGGCUGAAUGACUUGCUGUGCCUGGACUGCCUCAGCAUUACUCGAAUAGUCUCAGGCUGCCCGUUGCCUGAAGCCUGUGAGCUCUACUAUGUUAACAGAGAUACCCUGUUUUGCUACCACAAGGCCUCUGAAGUUUUUCUGCAACGGCUUGUGGCCCUCUAUGUGGCUUCUCACUAUAAGAACUCUCCCAAUGAUCUCCAGAUGCUCUCCGAUGCCCCUGCUCACCAUCUGUUCUGCCUUCUGCCUCCCGUACCCCCAACCCAGAAUGCCCUUCCUGAAGUGCUUGCUGUCAUCCAGGUGUGCCUUGAGGGGGAGAUUUCUCGCCAGUCCAUCUUGAACAGUCUGUCCCGAGGCAAGAAGGCUUCAGGGGACCUGAUUCCAUGGACAGUGUCAGAACAGUUCCAAGAUCCGGACUUCGGUGGCCUUUCAGGUGGAAGGGUGGUUCGCAUUGCUGUUCACCCAGAUUAUCAAGGGAUGGGCUACGGCAGCCGAGCUCUGCAGCUGCUGCAGAUGUACUAUGAAGGCAGAUUCCCUUGUCUUGAGGAAAAGGUCCUUGAGACUUCACAGGACAUUCGCACUGUCAGCAGUGAGGCUGUCAGCUUGUUGGAAGAGGUUGUCACUCCCCGGAAGGACCUGCCUCCCUUACUUCUCAAAUUGAAUGAGAGGCCAGCUGAGCACCUGGAUUACCUGGGUGUGUCCUAUGGAUUGACCCCCCGGCUCCUCAAGUUCUGGAAACGAGCUGGGUUUGUUCCUGUUUAUCUGAGACAGACCCCGAAUGACCUGACUGGAGAACACUCAUGCAUCAUGCUGAAGACGCUAACUGACGAGGAUGCAGCCGACCAGGGAGCAUGGCUCUUGGCCUUUUGGAAAGAUUUCCGAAGGCGGUUCCUAGCCCUGCUGUCCUACCAGUUCAGCACCUUCUCUCCUCCCUUGGCUCUGAAUAUCAUUCAGAACAGGAAUGUGGGGAAGCCAGCACAGCCGGCCCUACGCCGGGAGGAGCUGGCAGCGCUCUUCCUCCCCUAUGAUCUGAAGAGGCUGGAGAUGUAUUCACGGAACAUGGUCGACUAUCACCUCAUCAUGGACAUGAUCCCAGCCAUCUCCCGGAUGUAUUUCCUGAACCAGCUGGGGGACUUGGGCCUGUCUGCUGCCCAGUCAGCUCUUCUUUUGGGAAUUGGUCUGCAGCAUAAGUCUGUGGACCAGCUGGAAAAGGAGAUUGAGCUGCCUUCUGGCCAGUUGAUGGGACUUUUCAACCGGCUCAUCCGCAAAGUUGUUAAGCUAUUUAACGAAGUGCAGGAAAAGGCCAUUGAGGAGCAGAUGGUGGCAGUGAAGGAUGUGGUUAUGGAGCCUACAAUGAAGACCCUGAGUGAUGACCUGGAUGAAGCAGCAAAGGAAUUCCAGGAGAAACACAAGAAAGAAGUGGGGAAGCUGAAGAACAUGGACCUCUCUCAAUACAUAAUCCGUGGGGAUGACGAAGAGUGGAAUGAGGUUUUGGAUAAAGCUGGGCAGAAUGCCUCGAUUGUCAGCCUGAAAAGGGAGAUGUUUGCUGCUGGAGCAGACCGCCACUGGAGCGACUCUUUAGCCUCUGAGGGUGAAGGUGCACGUGACAACAGCUUGCCGUGGUGGGGAGGUGGCCUUGUGCUGAGCGAUCCCCGUGCUAAUCAAUGAGGAAUAUGCUGGCCAGCUGAAAUGUUGACAAGAAAAGGAAGCUGGAAGCUAAACAAGAACCCAAACAGAACAAAAGGUUGAAGAAAAACAGAGAUGUGAAGACCAAGAAAGAUAUGAAACUGAAGUGGAAGAAAUAGUGAAGAGAACCUUGGGCAUCGGCAGCUGACUUGUAAGGAGAUAACAUAAUUUUCUGAACUGUUUCUGGCUGGACAGAGCAGUGGCCUGGAUUGUUAAAGCGAUAAGAACUCCCGUCACACUGAGAAGCCUGCCAGGAACUCAGACACAGGCUAGCCUUGGCUUAAGGCACAAUCACUGUGGAAUGGGGUCUGCUUAGAACUCAAUGUUGGGAACCUCCCCCAGUCCAGAUCUUCCUUCCCCAUGAGUCCAUAUUUUGCUUUGGACCCAACUUUUUUUUUACUCCUUCCCACACAUGUAGAAGCCACACUGGCUCUCAUCCCUUCUGGGGAGUUAAGUACACAGCUUUCAGGAGGCUGUUGGAGCACCGAGGCCUGGAGCAAUAGGAGCACUGGUCCAACCAGGGGCCAUGGCAGGCUGCUAUUCUGUGCUCUGGGCUGUGCACGGCCUACACCAGGCUGCCUGGGGCUGCAGCAGGCCUGCUGCUUGGUGUCCCAGAAGAGCCUGAGCUUUAAUUAAGGAAGCAUAUGAUGUUGAGUCCCCGAAACUUAUUAUUUCAUCCAUUUGGGAGAAAAAUUGUUGGGAAAGACCCUUUUGCCAGCAGGGGUGAGGGAGGGAUAGAAAAACUAUUUUUAAUAAAUAACAUCCAGCAAAGA